AAUCCCCGGCGUUGUGCUGUGUCCCGCCCGUUCCCGCUCGGGCCCCGCCGGCCCGGGAUCCCCGGCCCCUAUGAGCGUGUCACUCGUUGUGAUCCGCCUGGAGCUGGCCGAGCGCUCCCCGCUGCCCGCCGGCUUCCCCUACAGCGCGGCCGCCACUGAAAUGUCUGAUGAGGAAAUCAAAGAAAAGUCAUUAGCUUCAGCUACAGCCUGUCUAGAAGGAAAGGCACCUAUGGAAAAAGCAGCAAUUAUUCACCAGCAUAUUGGUCGCAGAGAGAUGACAGAUAUGAUCAUAGAGACCAUAAAGUCCAAUCCAGAUGAGACAAAAGCUGCAAUGGAAGGAAGAAAAUCUUCAGAGGCUUCAUCUGUUGACGAUAAAAGUAAACGUGAUGGUCAAACUAAAGAAUGUGUUGAGGCUGCUCCAGACUCGCCAUCUAAGCAACUUCCUGACCAGAUUUCCUUCUUCAGUGGGAAUCCAUCAGUUGAAAUAGUUCAUGGCAUUAUGCACCUGUACAAAACAAAUAAGAUGUCCUCCUUAAAAGAAGAUGUAAGGCGCAGCGCCAUGCUGUGUAUUCUCACAGUCCCUGCUACAAUGACCAGUCAUGACCUUAUGAAGUUUGUGGCCUCAUUCUAUGAAGUAAUUGAACAUAUGAAAAUCAUCAGAGAUUCCACUCCAAACCAGUAUAUGGUGCUGAUAAAGUUUAGUACACAGGCUGAUGCUGAUAGCUUUUAUAUGGCAUGCAACGGUCGACAGUUCAACUCUAUAGAGGAAGAUGUGUGCCAGCUGGUGUAUGUGGAGAGGGCUGAAGUCUUCAAAUCGGAAGAUGGAGCCAGCCUUCCCGUAAUGGAUCUGACGGAGCUGCCAAAGUGCACGGUGUGCCUGGAAAGAAUGGAUGAGUCUGUGAACGGGAUCCUUACCACGGUGUGUAACCACAGCUUUCAUAGCCAGUGUCUGCAGCGCUGGGAAGACACCACGUGUCCUGUCUGCAGGUACUGCCAAACACCUGAGCCAGUGGAAGAGAAUAAAUGCUUUGAGUGUGGAGUUCAAGAAAACCUUUGGAUUUGUUUGAUAUGUGGGCACAUUGGAUGCGGCCGUUAUGUGAGCCGGCACGCUUACAAACACUUUGAGGAGACUCAGCACACUUAUGCAAUGCAGUUAACCAAUCACAGAGUUUGGGACUAUGCUGGAGAUAAUUAUGUCCAUCGACUGGUUGCAAGUAAAACUGAUGGGAAGAUAGUUCAGUAUGAGUGUGAGGGGGAUUUGUGUCAGGACGAAAAAAUCGAUUCCUUACAGUUAGAGUACUCAUAUUUGCUUACAAGCCAGCUGGAAUCUCAGCGCAUCUACUGGGAAAACAAGAUAGUCCGAAUAGAAAAGGAUACAGCGGAAGAAAUUAACAACAUGAAGACUAAAUUUAAAGAGACCAUUGAGAAAUGUGACAAUUUGGAGCACAGGCUGAACAACUUACUUAAAGAGAAACAAUCUGUGGAAAGGAAGUGCGUUCAGCUGAAUAACAAGGUGGCCAAACUCUCCAAUGAGCUAAAGGAGGAACAGGAAAUGAACAAAUGUUUGCGAGCAAAUCAGGUCUUACUGCAGAACAAACUAAAGGAAGAAGAGAAGGUUCUAAAGGAAACUUGUGAGCAGAAGGACCUGCAGAUCACAGAGAUACAGGAGCAGCUGCGAGAUGUCAUGUUCUACUUAGAAACACAACAGAAAAUCAACCAUCUCCCAGCUGAGACCAGGCAGGAAAUCCAGGAAGGACAGAUCAACAUUGCAGUGGCAUCUUCUGCAAGCUCACCAGCGGGGGGCAUGGGAAAGCCGCCUUCUAGGAGAGGCCGUAGCAAAAGGGGCAAGUGAGGAUUGGGACAAGCGGAUCGACCUCGCCGCAACCGGUCCCACUUCUGAAUGACCAGGCCCAAGUGUCGGGAUUCAAGCUGAAUGUUACGUUCAAUACUAAAUACCACGUCCAAAUAAGGCUCAGCUAGAAGUUGUUUUCAGAGCUUUUCAUAAAGCUGGCUGCCAGCUAAUGGGGAAUCUACAGUAUUUAAAAGCAUUUCACUGCAUUAGCUAGCUAAUCAUAGGCAGAUUUUAAUCACCAUUUUGCCUUCCUAUCUUAUCUAAGUCCCACUUCAUACAUUAUUUUCUCCUUGGAGAUUGUGUUCAGUUUUAGACGUGUCUGAAACACAAAACAAAUCUUGGAUCCCCUUAAAAGGACAUGACAGGGUAGGUUCAGCCCAAAGUUUUAAAGGUGUUGCUUUU